UUUCAAAUGUACCCGUCAUCCCUGAUGCUGUUUGCGGGAUCAGAUUGUCACAAGUCUGGGUGGCGAGAGCGUCAGCGACUGGCACAAAUGCACACACCUCGUGACAGACCGCAUCCGCCGCACAAUGAAGUUCCUUUGUGCUCUAUCAGCUGGCAAGAUCAUCGUCAACGUGAAGUGGCUGGACGAUAGCAAGAAAGCCGGGAAAUUCGUCGAUGAAAAGAAGUACCUGUUGAAGGAUCCGAAGACCGAAAAGCAGUACGGAUUCACGCUGGCGAAAUCGUGCAAACGAGCCCAGGAUCAUACUCAACCGCCAAUUUUCGCCGGAUUGACCUUCUACGCGACAUCGUCUGUAAUGCCACGACCGGAGGAAUUGAAGGACAUUCUGGAGGCUGCUGGUGCAAAGUGGAGCAAGUCGCCACCACCAAAAACCCCCGUAGAUGACUUUGUGGUCAUUGGGCAUCAGGCCGACGCAAAGGAACUCGCUUCGUUGAUAGACGCGGGAUGGAUCGUGCACUCGAAUGAGUUUGUGUUGACUGGGUUGUUGAGGAUGGAGGUCGACUAUCAGAGUCAUAUCCUGGAGUUGGAGGACAAAUCCACAUCGAAGAAGACGAGUAGUACGCCGGGCCGAGCGACGCCUGCUGCCAGGAAGAAGCGGAAAUGAAACUUCGCAUCGUAUUCUUAUACCGUCACAUGCGAUUGACCUAUGCACGUCACCAACCGACACCGCUGAUUAGGUAUUCAUUCACUCCCCCCCACCUGAAUUUCUCACUGUAAAUAGCAUAAUCAUAGUCCCCGGCAAGCAAAUGGUACUUCGGCGUAAUAAGCAUGCGUAAGUAGCCCAUGGAUAGGGGCUAUA